AUGUGGAGUUUCUUCAAAGUUAACCCAGGAACUGAGGGCACUUUUGCAAAAAGGAGACCGGACGUCUGCGGUCAAGGGGUCCCAGGGCUGAGCUCCAUCCAGAGGCUCCAGGGGAGGGUCCUCCCCGCCUCUUCCAGCUUCUGGGGGCUCCAGGCGUCUGUCCCUGGGCUGGUGGCCGCCUCCCUCCAGUCUCUGCCUGCGACUCCACGCGGCUUCUCCUCUGUGUCCCUGUCUCUCCUGUGUCUUAUAAGGAUUCUGUCCUUGGGUUUAGGGCCACCCCCAUCCAGGAGGACCUCAUCUCUGACCCUUCACUCCAUCACGUCUGCAGAGACCCAGGAAUUUUAG